AGGCGGCGAAUUCACACAUACACAUCCACAUUCAGUCGUCUGUUUUUACCAAAAUAAAAGUACCGCAAACAUUUGAAUGGCUGGUGGUCAUUGUCUACGCUGAGUGGUAUGUCAGCUCCCAACUUAGUGACCAGAAAAAUGGAGACGAAAGUGUGCUUCAAAAAAUGCAACUUCAAGUUGGCUAUGUUCUUGCACGUGCUCAUAUCGAGUGUACUGUUCGCAUGUUUUAUGAAGUCGUAUGCAGAAACAAGUCAUGCUUACACUUCUGAAACUAAUUCAAAACAUGGAAUGAAAUCAUCAGAAGAUCUUGAAGGACUUAGACCUUCUUCGGACUGCUCUGAAGAUGAUGACAGUUGCUUCAUACGCGACGAAGAACAUGAACUUGCCGAAGAAGAAGAAGUGCAUGGAAUUGCUGGAGCUAAAACUGAACCUAAAGCCGGCUACACAUGGGACAAAAAUGGGUACAUCAUGUUUUGUCCAUGUAUGGGUCGUUUUGGCAACCAAGCAGAGCAUUAUCUCGGAGCAAUGGCAUUUGCUAAAGCACUCAACAGAACGUUGGUCUUGCCUCCAUUCCGGACAUAUGCUCAUGCAUCAUUUGGGGAGUUGUUUCAAGUCAGACCAGCUCUUGAGUUCCAUCGUGUGAUCCUCAUGGAGGAUUUCAUGAAGUUUCUUGCUCCUAAAUACUGGCCGCCUGGUCAGAGAGUUGGCUACGCCCACCUACCAGUCAACGAUGAUGGUGUUGCAUGCACCAUGAAAAAUGGCAGUCCAUUUGGACCUUUCUGGAACCACUUCAACGUUACUUUUGAUUUAUGCAUAAAAUAUCAACUGUUUAAUGUUGCUGACAUCAGUAAUAAACAAUCACUGGAAACUACAAAAAGAAUCUGGGAUGAAAGAUUCCCACCGAUGGAGCAUCCUGUUAUAGCUCUCCGUGGGUCACCAGGCUCCUACCCAAUGCUUGGUGGAAACCGAGCUAUCCAAAAAUACUUCAAAUGGGAACCUAAGUUUUUUCAAGAAGCUGGAACCUACAUCAAGGAGACAUUUCAAGAUGAGGGGUUCGUUGGAAUCCAUUUACGGAACGGAAUAGAUUGGGUAAGGGCAUGUCAACAUGUCGAUGACCACCCGUUAAAACGCUUCAUGGCUUCAACACAGUGUCUGGAUGCAACGCCUGACGCCAUAGUUACAAAGGAAUUAUGUCUUCCCAGUCUCUCUCACAUCCUUGAGCACACGGCAGCUGUAUUCAAACAUGUCAACGCUAGACAUCUUUACAUAGCAACAGAUAAACAACCAUAUAUAGAGGAAUUUACAAAUCUUCUACAACCAGUUGGGGUGACUGUUCAUUAUCUGAAACCCGACUUUGUCGAAACAGAUCUUAUGAUUCUUGGCCAAGCAGAUUAUUUCAUCGGGAAUUGUAUCUCGUCAUUUACCUCCUUCGUGAAGCGAGAACGAGAUGCGAACGGGAAACCUUCAUCAUUCUUCGGCCAAGAUUUGAACUUUUGAACAUCUCAUACAUGAAUUUGUAUCCACUGUUUUUUGUUUUGGUUUUUUUUCUCAAAUUAGUUUUUGGAGAUAAUAUGGUGGAAACAAUUGGAGUGCACUGUUUGGUUUGGGUGUAUAAGGACAAAUUAACCCAAACCUAAUACAGUCAUUUUAUUUUGUUCUAUCUCAAAUGGUUUAUUCUACUCAGAAAGAAUUUGUGCAGCAUUUCAAAACGGCAAAGAAAUUUAAUUAACUAAUCAAUCAAUUCACAGAUGGAUUUGAAAGAAAUAUAACACAAAAAGUGCAUCAUUGUUUUUUAUUUUUGGAGGAGUAAAUGAGUUCCACUUCCAAAGUCUUCUAGAAACACACAAUUUAGAAAUAACUUGUGAAAAUUUCAUUCAAUUCAGUGAUAAUUUUUUAGUGAAAACAACAUGAAUAUUUUGUGCUUUAUCACUGGAGUUUGGUUGCAUGUUCAUAUCUUGCUUAUUUUGAUUGUGGCAAUCAAAAUAAACCAAGAUAUGAUGUGGUUCUCCAAUGUUCAACUUUUACAUUUUUUUUGACUGAAAUAUAUCGGUGGAGUAUUAAUGCUGGAGUAGUAAUUAUUAAUCGUAUACAGUCGUUUUUGAGUAUUUCUUUCCAAAAAUGUAUAAUGUACUUUGCCAAAAAAAAAUAUAUACUACCAAAGUCUUUUACUUAUAAACAGUUAACAUUUAGUUUUUUUUUUUCUUCUUUUUUCCAAACACCAAUUCUGUGCUUUGGUCCUAGUGUAAUUACCAAAGUCUAUUAAUUUCCUGAAAUAAUAUCUUCUUUGUAUUUUUCACUUAUUUUGAAUCUUUCAUUGAGCAGUUGAGAUUCUAUAUCCCUUUUAAAAUAUUUUGUUGAUUAUGAAACUAUAUAUUUUUACAAAAUGUUUUAGUUUUUGUAUUUAAUUUUGAUGGUGGCUGGAAUAAUGGUGUAGUUUUUUUGAAUGGAAUUUGAGUGAUAUGCAAUUUUAUAAACAGAAAA